AUGUCUAAAUAUUUUAUUGAAUUUAAAAACAAGACCGGAUUGGGUCAGUAUUUGACAUUCUGUGUCUGUCAACAGAUGAAUGAUGCCGAAUAUUCAGACAGCGUAGCUUGGCUUAUUACCUCUACACCUAGUGGUUCUGCAUCUACUAUUUCUUGGAAGCUUGACAAAUAUAUGGUCGCUUUAGCUGAAUACCGAUUAAAAGAUCACACCGGCACUUAUCAUACUAAACAAACCGCUACUGCAGAACUUGGUUCAAAUUGGCAAAUUAUUAAUUAUGAUGGAGAAACACAAGCACUUGUGCCUUUAUCAAAUGGACACAGAAUUGAUCCCGACACAAUAAAAAUAACCAAUAAUUCAACUGCAUCAGCGAAUUGUGGAGUAGGAAUGUGGGGUGGUACAACAGCUUUCGUGAGAAAUUUACAUCGAAGUUCCACAGCAACAUUUAAAAUUAAACCACAAUAUUGGGUUGGAGUGUUUAAUACAGAUACAAAAAUACAUAAAGGUCAAGUAAUUGAAGAGAGUGAUGCUUUAGCUUCAAAACUAAUUUCGUUUCCUCCAGAAAAAAAUUUAGCAGUUAUUACUGCUAUGUCAGAAAAUGAAAAAGUUUAUUUUGCGGUGGACUUUG